GAACGCCAUGGGUUGGCUCCAGCUGCCAAACUGUCUGCGCUUCGGCCGAAAGGAAUUCACUUUGUCCACGGAGAAGAUCGUUGACUCGCAAGAUGAGAACACGGAACGGGGCAACUGGUCCAGCAAAACGGACUACCUGCUGUCCAUGGUGGGCUACGCGGUGGGCCUGGGCAACGUCUGGAGGUUCCCGUACCUGACCUAUGAGAAUGGAGGAGGAGCCUUCCUGAUCCCCUACGCCAUCAUGCUGGCUCUCGCCGGCCUCCCUCUGUUCUUCAUGGAGUGCUCCCUGGGACAGUUUGCCAGCUUGGGACCCGUGUCAAUUUGGAGAAUUUUGCCUCUUUUUCAAGGCGUGGGAAUCACCAUGGUCGUCAUCUCCACCUUUGUGACCAUCUAUUACAACGUCAUCAUUGCCUACAGCCUCUACUACUUGUUCGCCUCCUUCCAACGGGUGGUGCCAUGGAAUGACUGCAACGCGACGUGGGCCGAUCACAGAUGCAGCAAAACGCCACUGGCUACAAAGUCCUCCAGCGCUCGGCGAACAUCAGCGAGACCGGAGUGAUCGUGUGGUACCUGGCCCUUUGCCUUCUCCUUUCCUGGCUGAUCGUGGCAGUUAGCUUGGUCAAAGGGAUCAAGUCUUCCGGGAAGGUAAUUGCAGGUGGGAUUCAGCCGGUUCGCACUUAUCCGGCCAAGAACCAGGAUGAAAUCCUUAAUACAGGGUCGGAGAUCAGUGGCAGAAUGUGUCAAGAGUUUCGUGAGCUGCCUGUACACACGCGGCUAUGGUCCCAGGAAGUGCUGAUGGACAGUUACAAUGACGUGUACCAGAACUGUGUUAACCAAGGGGCUCCCCAAGACCUUCAGCUCUGGUUCGGAGGAGAUGGGAAUCCAGCCAUUUCAGGGGAAAGCAAAACUGACUCUGAUGACAAUCUCCUGGUAAGUCCUCAUGUGGACCCCAUGACCAUCCCAGUAGAACUAAGGGGGGCACCAGCAGUUUUCAUGCAGCUGAUAAAUGAAGUACUGCAUGAACAUCUGUAUAAGGGGGUGUUAGUUUAUCUUGACGACAUCCUCAUCUACAUGGAAACCUUAGAGGAACAUGUGAGACUCGUGUGCUCAUGUGCUCGUGUCCCGAAAAAACUCAGGGCUGCUGAACUUUAUGCCAAAUUUUCUGAGUGUGAAUUCCACCAGGAAAAAAAUGACUAUUUGAGAUACCACAUUUCUCAUAUGGGUAUUGAAAUGGACCCAGAGAACAUCCAGGCUGUCAUAGAAUGGGCACCCCCUACACCUGCAAACAGCUACAAAGGUUUGGGGGAGGGUUGCCAAUUUUUACCGCCAGUUCAUCCCUUCAUUUGCUAG